AUGGGAUUGUCACAGCCAAAGGUCGCGCGGCUGUUUGCGCAGAGCGAGUCGCCCGAGCAGACGGAGGAGAUCAUCCUGGCCUACUGCUUCAGCAAGUGGACGAACGGCGGCAACCAGUUCCAAGUCCUCCGCAAGCUCCACCUCUUGACGCUGUACCUUCGCGCCGUAGAACUCGGUCCGAAAGUGCGCGAGCACUAUGCAGCAUUCGCGAUCUGCGCGACGCUCACCAAGACCAACAACGCGGCCGUCAUCAUCCCGCCUGAAACCGACCUCGGACGUCAGGCAUGGAACGACGCGCGCCGUCCGCCCAGAUCGGUUCUCAAGCGUAUCUUGACGAACAGGAGCAGUGUCGGUCUCGUCACGUUCUCGCCGGGCAUGAGCAGCGGCGAGGUCAGUGAUGCAGACGUCGAGGGCGUCGAGGGGAGAGAUUCGGGAGACAGCGGACCGCGUGGACUCGGAGGCUUGUUGAACGGGAGGAGAAGCAGGAGCCAGACGCUCGUCACGGCUGUCGUCGUUCAGCCCGGCGCAAGGACGGAGCAGCAGCGUUUGCAGGCGGGAGCGGGCGACGGGCUCGGACGGGGUCUCCUUAGUGCCCCGCCGAAUUACGACGGCGGCCUCGCGCAUUAUCUCGAUGCCAAUCCCGACUUCCGCCACGAGGCGCGCUCCUACGACCCCGAAGUCGACUUCCUCCCCGACUACUCCUGA